AUGAAGAAAGCUACCACCACCACCACCACAACAACAACAUCUGUUACAGCUAGCAAAAAGAAGAAUGAUACCCCCUCGAUGACGUCGCCAAUGUCCAUUGCCAGCCGUACAUUGCACACUAUCCAUCCCACACCUCCUGCCACAGCAACAACAACAACCACAUAUGAGGAUGAUGACAUUCGUUUUGACAGUGGUGGCAAGGGCGAUCCUGAACCUUAUUUGUAUAACACUUUUGGGCCACUCGAUGAAGUUGAGGAGACUUCGCAUGGAAACGGAGCACAAAAUGACAACAACAUCUGCAAGGGAGACAUACAGGAUCCUUCUUUGAAAACCAAGGCAACGGCUGACUAUUGUGAGACCAACUUUAAUGCCAACAGCGUAUCCACCAUUGUUGAAACAAAUGAGCAACAGCAACAAACAAUCAACCCGCCACCGACGGAUCAUGGAGAUGAUGAAGAUGAAGAGCAGCAGCAGCAAAAAGAGGUGACAGCUAAUACUACCACGCCCAAUGACAUGUCAUCAUCAUACGAUGCAAAAGAAUCUGCACAGCAUUUGUGGGAUGAAGAUGGUGUUGUUGUUCCCAAAGAGCAUGUAGCAGAAUGGCUGGGAGGAAGGUCAUUCAUCAAUCAGGAUGCGUUAAACUUUUACAUGGACAAAUUUGAUUUUGGGGACAUGCGGUUGGAUGAAGCAAUCAGGAAGCUUUGCAGUAAGUUAUACCUUAAAGCUGAGACACAGCAAAUCGAUCGGAUUCUACACGUAUUUGCCAAACGUUAUUGGCGUUGUAACCAAGAUUGUGUAUUGCAAAGUGCAGACAUUGUCUAUGCAGUUGCCUACUCGUUGGUGUUGCUGAACACGGAUCUUCACGUAGCACAAGGCAACUAUACACGUAUGACUCGUCAUGAAUUUGUCCGUAAUACAAUGGAGGCCAUCCAUGAUCAUCAAACGAUACCCUUGUCACCUAUACGUGAAUCUCAGCUUCAUUCUUACUUGAAACAAAUCUACGUCUCUGUAAAGCAUUCACAAAUCAUGCAACCUGUUCAACGUCAUUCAAGUCUUCGUUCAACAGCUGACGGGGAAAACACCGAUAAUCGAGCGAUUCGAUCCAUGCGUAGCUUGGGAUCUAUUAUACGCAAUGCACGCCGUGAACCAACGUCACCCACUAAAUCGACCAACUUGGCUUAUGGAGGUAGUGGUGAUUCUUUAUCUUGUGCGACAUCUUGCUUAUCACAAGCUGCGACAUCCUCUACACCUGCAUCACCAUCCCAAUCCACCUUUAGUAUCAAGGUCAUGUCUGAGCAGAUAUCCUUUAGCAGUGAUCCACCUUACAUUAAGGAGGGAUUGGUACGACGCAAGCAUUUAUUUGAGAGUUCUGAUCGCAAGGCCAAAAAUCGAGAGUGGCGUCGAUGUUUGUUGAUUGUAAGCGAUGGACAACUCAAGAUUUAUCAAUGGAGACAUGCAUCAGGAGACAUUGGAUAUAAGGGCAUGCAUCGAGAGAAUAGUGUCAAUAGCACUGCAGCCAUACCAAGGUCAUCUGGAAGUGAAGAAAAGGGAUGGGAUGCAAGUUUCCGAUUAUUGGGAUGCUUUCCACUCAAUCACACUUUAACUCACGUGUUGCCAUCGCCUGGAUAUGAUCGGCGUCGUGCACAUGUUUUUGCAGUCCAAUUCCCUGAUGGUGGUGUAUACUUGUUCCAGACUUCGAAUCGUAUCCAAUGCAGAGAAUGGGCAGCAACAUGCAAUUAUUGGGCAGCUCGUAAAAGCAAACAGCCGCUUGCAGGAGGUGUAUGCAACAUUGAAUACGGCUGGGGAGCGUGCCUGGAUGAUGAGCGAGUCGAUGAGGACCCCGAUUCGAUAUUGUUAUGUGAAUGGCAUCCACCUGCAUCUCCUCUUAUUUCAAGCACAUUCGAUGAACAAGGCCAGCACAUGACAAUGAAACGGCAUUUGAGCUCAUUGUCUCAAGAACUGGAUACCCAUAAUGAAGUCAAAUGUAAAAUGUUACGCAAGUUUCCAAGUAGAUAUGCUAAUUACGCAAAGGCGAUGCAUAAUUGGGAAGUGAAAUCGAGAUAUUUAUUACAAGACAUUAUCAAGUAUCAAAGCUACUGUGCUGCUCUAGAGAAAGGGAUUCAAAAACAACAUCAAUCACUUGCGGCGACAUGA